AACUCAAAAGCCCGAGUGGAGGUUUAACCAACUCAAAAGAGAGAGAAGAGAGAAUAAGAAGAAAAAAGAAAAAAAUGCUUCUUUUGAAUGUUGAUCUCCUUCUACAUCCCCGUCGAUUCCUCUCCCUGUCUCUAAAAUUACUGCAACAGCAUCCUUAACGAUUCUCUCACAGGUCUUUGGCGUUUUAGUUGUUAAGAUCCUCUAAUGGUUGUUGUACAGGCUACCAAGCUCAGCCUUCCCAACCCUUCUCUCUGUUCCCCACAAAUUUCUUCCCUUCUCUUCGAACCCCAUUCUCUCUCUCUCGCUCUAAUGCACUCAGAUUCUUCUUUCUCUCUCUACCCUUCUUUUUCCGCUCUCUCACUUUCCUCUCUUCCUUCCCCUCAAGUGGUUGUGCCUUCUCCAUGUUCUUCUGCGGCUUUUGUUGCCCUUCAGAAUUCUAAUUCCAACUCCGAUACUAAGGUUCUGUUUGUGGUCUCUGGCCCCCACAAGGGUGGCUCUCAGAUUCUCCUUCGGUUUUAUGUCUUGGAGGGUUCUAAAUUGUUCAGGAGAGCUCCAGUUGUUUGCACGCAGAAGGAUCUUCGAUCUGAUGAUAAAUUGGGUGUUUUGGUCAAUUUUAGACAUGGGAUUUCGGUUCGUUUAGCUGGGUCAGUCAAUUUCUUCGCCAUGUACUCUGUUUCGAGCUUGAAGAUUUGGGUUUUUGCGGUGAAGAUGGUGGGAGACGGCGAUGAUGAUAUAGGUUUGAAAUUGAUGAGAUGUGCUGUGAUUGAUUGCUGCAAACCCAUUUGGUCGAUUAACAUUUCGUUUGGGUUUUUGCUUUUGGGGGAAGAUAACGGGAUUAGGGUUGUUAAUUUGAGGCCUUUUGUGAGAGGGCGUGGUCGAAAAGUUAGAAAUCUGAAUGCAAAUACAUCUUCUAAUGGCAAGCGUGAAGUUCAAAAGUCAUUUUUGCCUCAUGGAGAUGUUUGUGGAACUUCUGGAGGCACUGACUUGAACGGUGGUUCUCUAGUUGUUAGCAGCAACGGAUUCAAUUUACAAGCCAGUAGAAGUGAAGAUGCUGGAAAUUCAGCUUGCAAUGGAUGCUUGGAUGGGAAGUUUGACAAAAAUUCUAGUUUUGUUAGACCAAGAUGCAUAAAACUGAGGCAAGAUUCGAGCGAAGGACUAUAUUUUGUGGCACUGAAGCGCAGAGCAAAUGAAGACCUGAAAUCUGCAAAAAUGAUGUCAUUAAAGGCAAUAUCAAUUCAAGCACUGUCUCCGAAGAAAAUAUUGAUCCUGGACUCUGUUGGUGAUUUACAUCUGUUGCACCUUGCUAAUGCUGCUAAUGGAUUCGAUUUUUCUUGCAACAUUCGGCCAUUACCUCAUCUAAUGAAAGUUCAAAUGCUGACCAGUUUCCCUGAUACAUCCAUAAGGAACCAAACUGUCUGGCUAUCGGAUGGGAAUCAUUCUGUGCAUAUAAUGGUGAUACCGGAUGUUGAUUCCGUUGUCCCAGAAAAUAUGGGAAAUGAGAGCGAGGAAGUCCUGAUGAAAAGAAUAUCAGUUAUGCAAGCUAUAUUUUCCGGUGAAAAGAUUCAAGACAUAACAUCCUUGGCUGCGAAUGCUGUUUUAAUUCUUGGACAAGGACCACACUCUUGGGAAUUUGCUUUAAUGGAGUUCGGAAGAUUGAAGUCUUUCAACAGUACAAAGCUACUGCUUUGCUGUGUUGCCUUGACCUUGCAUCCAUGAGCUGCAAGACAAGUUUGGGGCCAAGGAACGAGCAUGCUAGCUGUUGGUUCGUCUGUUUUGUUGCAUCAUUGGUUCAACUUGCAUAAAGAAUAUCGUAUAUUUCCGACCUGCUAUCAUGAAAGAUACAACUCAACAGAGGCCUUCACGGUUGCAAGACGAAUGUCAUAAUUGCAUGAACCUUCAGACAUUCUAGUUUAAAACUGACUUAAUUCUUAUUCAGGAAUGUAGCUUUCUUUCACUUGAACUUAAUCCUUAUUCAGGAAUGUAGCUUGCUUUCCCUUUAAUUGUAAUUGCAACUUUGGCCUAAUAUUGUUUUUUUCUUUUCUUUUCUUUUAUUAGUUUAUUUAUUUAUUUUGCCAAAUACAGUUGCCUAACAUUUUGAUUAGCACUUUUCUUUCUUCA